AUGGACGUGAUAUCGAACGAAAAGUAUCUUAUAGCGCGUGCAAAAGAAUCCACCGAUCCGUACAAGGCGAAAGCAUGGAUAAUAGCCGCCAAAACACUCUUCCCGAACGACUUUGGUGUGCAGUUUGAGGCGUACGAAAUCGAAAAGAAUGCAAACAAUUUCGAGGAAGCGGCCAAAUGUCUAAGUUACAUUGUAAUGACGUUCCAUGGAGCUCAUCAAACGCCGACCAGUUUGUUGAACGAGAUAUCGCUUAUGACGAAUGCACUGCGCAUCCCGGAAGGAUGUACGACACCGGAGCAAGAGUUUUAUGUGAAAAUGUUCCAAUACAUUUCGUACGAGGUGCAACACCAGAUUCUGCUGCUAACGGCCGCCCAUUCGAACAACAAUCUUGACCAUUGCCGGUUGAUAUUGUUGUUGCUGAAACGUUUUCCACAGGCUAUUUCGACGCAUGCGCCUCGUUUGCUGGAAACCUUGAUACAGAAUGUAACCAUGCCUAGCUUCAAGGAGAUGUUGUUUAACGAAGCGAUACCGCUGGUGUACAACCGCGCACCGGAACUGGCUCCCAAACUUGUGCACCGGCUGAUGGCGGUAUGUUUCGAGUACUACUUGAACCAGAUGUUGAACGAUACAGAGGAUCGAGCGCGAACCUCGGCAGACUGUUGGAAGAAAAUUUUUGAGAUACUGGACUUUUGCGGAAAGAUUCUCAAAUGGGAACCGUUUGUGCUGUACAAGAAAAGUUGGAGCAAAGAUGUAUACUGUCAGAAGAUCAUUCACAUCUACAAUCUCGAUCCGUUCCGGUCGACAGAGAGCAAACAGAUACUGUUCUGUGCGACGAUCGUGUUCGUGCUGGCGCUGCAGGAUUACAUUGGGUAUUCGAAGCUCCGUUCAAAGGACGGCAUUACCGAAACCGAGGUGAUACUGGUCGAAGCACUCAAAGAUGCAGCACCGGACGUGAAGCGUCGUGCGCACGAAGGUGUACUCGAGAUUCCACACAUUCUGGUUAACGCCCCGGUAAGUCCGGACGCCCCAAAUUGUCUGCUUGCCUGUCAAAGCUGCUGGCAGCUGCUACAUUCGAACGAUGUUAUGAAAGCCGAUUUUGCGCAGCUGAUUCUCUGCAUACCGCAACUAUCGGGUUGGGUGCAGAAGUUCCUGAUCGAUCUGUAUGUGUGCGCCGGCCAGCAUGAAGAAACGGCCACCCUGCUUCAAGCGUCCACCGGAACUACGAUGACACAGUUGGAGAAAUCGGUACGCGAGUUUGCACUCACACUCGUGCAGGGUCCACCCUCGGUCCAUUUGUUCGAACAGCUGGGUACGAUUCUAAAGCAUCUUCCGCACGCUCCUUCCCGUGGUUACUACCUGGAAAACGUUUCGCUAGGUCAGACGGCUCGCGUUCUUAUGCUGAUGCCGUUGACGAAACGUGCCAUUCUGCACUACCUUGUGCAAACGCUUAUAGUGCUGCUUAAACCGAAACUGAUCGACAUGGAGUGCAGCAGUUCGCUGCUGGGAAAUCUGCUGGUACUUUCUCAACUGAACUGGCCGCACGAAUCAACGACCGUGGAGAUUAUUAUCGAAAUCAUCAAAACGCGUCGCCUGUUUGCGUAUCUACAUUUCACGAGCUACGUCGUUCAGGCGGAAAUUAUUGAAGAAUUUAUGCAUUUGUGGACGCACUCGCCCGAUGUGAAGCUGGAGCUGGCCAUGCCUCAGCAGAGCCUUGCAACCGGUGCCCGACGCAUUGGAACGCGCGGUGCAGAUAAGGGUGUUAAGGAGGACUUCAAGCAAAUAAUUCGACAGCAAGUCGCCCGUAGUAAUGACGAUAUCGACGAACUAUUGAUACAAUUUCUACAGCAACAACAGGUAACGCUUGUGCAGAAUGUAUUCGACAAAUGA